AUGGCUCUGCGCACACCUUUGACGCGCGCCGUGAGGCGUGCUACCUCGACAGCGACCGCCACGCCCGCGCUUUCGGCAUCCAGCGCGCAAUGGAGGAGAGGAAAUGCGACAGUUGCCCCCGUCACGCAGAGCACCGGCCCGAAGAAGGGCACCGCCAUGGUCUUCAUGAACAUGGGUGGGCCGUCGACAACAGACGAGGUUGGCAGCUUCUUGAGCAUGCUCUUCGCUGAUGCUGAUCUCAUUCCUCUCGGCCGCCUCCAGAACUACAUUGGACCGCUCAUUGCGCGACGACGAACACCGAAGAUUCAGAAGCAGUAUGCUGAGAUUGGCGGAGGGUCGCCCAUCCGGAAGUGGUCGGAACACCAAGCAGCAGAGAUGUGCAAGCUUCUCGACCAGACCUCGCCCGAGACGGCCCCUCACAAGCCCUAUGUCGCCUUCCGCUACGCAAACCCCUUGACAGAGGACACGUACAAGCAGCUGCUGGCCGAUGGCUUUGGAGGCGGUAACGGAGGCCGAGCUGUUGCAUUCACACAGUACCCUCAGUACUCGUGCUCCACCACGGGUUCAUCGUUGAACGAGCUCUGGAAAUGGAGGACCAGACUGGAAGGCAAGAGGGGCUCGGGAGAGGUCGAGCCCAAGGGAGCCAUCAACUGGAGUGUCAUUGACCGCUGGCCGGCGCACUCGGGUCUGGUUGAGGCCUUUGCAGAGCUGAUUGAGCAGAAGCUGGCCACAUAUCCAGCGGAGCGAAGGGACAAUGUCAUCUUGCUCUUCUCGGCGCACAGUCUGCCCAUGUCGGUGGUCAACCGCGGCGACACGUACCCUGCUGAAGUUGCAGCUACCGUGUACGCGGUCAUGCAGCGCCUGGGCAUGAAGUACAAGUACCGUCUGGUAUGGCAGUCGCAGGUCGGCCCGCAGCCAUGGCUCGGUGCGCAGACGUCGGACACGGUCAAGAACCUGAUGAAGAAGGGUCAGACGGACAUGCUGUUGAUCCCCAUCGCAUUCACCAGCGACCACAUCGAGACGCUGUACGAAUUGGACAAGGAAGUGAUUGGCGAGGACGCCGAGGGACACGAGGGCGUCAAGCGCGUUGACAGCUUGAACGGCAGCCCCACCUUCAUCAAGGCCCUGGCGGACCUUGCCGCAGCACACUUGAAGAGCGGCGAAGCGUGCAGUCCCCAGAUGAUACUGAGAUGUCCGGGCUGCACGAGCGAGAGGUGUCUGGCGCAGAAGGAGUUCUUUGCCCGGCAGUCUGGGCAGGACAAGGAAGAGGCCGCCGCGGCGUAG